UACUUACUUUACUCUGCUAUAGCGCCUUCCGAGCCAGCUGCAACAAGCCUUUCAUUUUGUUCAGACGGAAACGAAAGGAAAUCGAAGUACAAAGAAAAAGUAAAUACCAGUUUGUUAUUGUGAAAAUAUAUUUACAAAUGUUUAAGUUGCAAUGACUAAAAGGUGUUAUUUGAAAUUGUACUGUCAAGGAAAGAUUAAGGAGAACAUCGUGAUCUACUACUACUUUAUAAGUUAUGGACAAAUCAAGAUUUUCGAUGCUCCUUUUAGAGCCUGGCGAAAUUUACUUUGAAGAUUAUUCAUGUAUUUUCAAUGAUUUCGACUCAUUACAUAGAGGUAAUUCCAGGCAAGGUAGACUGAAACUUUGCUCAAAGUCCCUUGUGUUUGAGCCCACAGACUGGACAUAUCCAUUGAUUAAGUUACACUUUAGAGACUGCACGAGCAUAGAUGUAAUAAAACCCCAGACUUCUGAGAGUCCGCAGAAUGUAAUUAAAGUAGAAAUAAAGCAGUUUGCAGAAAUGCUAGAGGAGAAUAUAUUGGCCCCAUAUAAAUUUCAAUAUGAAAAGAAAACAUUUUAUAUAUUUUUCGAUUUUGCUUCGGCAGAAGAGACAUUAUAUCAAAUGCAUCAGUUGCAAAGAGCAUCCACCUUGAAUGCACCGGAACACAACAGCAUGGUGGCUACUAUUCUGCACUCUAGAUAUAUGCGGAUGGUAUUUGACCCAGUGAUGAUGGAUGACUUUACUGAGGAGAUAGUUUGUGAGCUGCAGGCGGAGAAAAUAUCACCCCUAGUUAGACAUCAAGGCAAGCUGGCUUUAACACCAACCACAUUAUAUUUUCAACCCUUCAGUAAUGUUGAAAGUAGUCCAAUUUUGAAACUAAAGCUAAGCCAUCUGAAGCGGUUGUACAAGCGCAGAUUUUUACUAAGGCAAGUUGGCUUGGAAAUCUACAGCGCAGAAGAGAGUUCAGUAGCCCACAUCUACCUAACGUUUCAGUCCCAGGACGACAGAGACAGAACCUAUGACAUUCUGGAGCAGUCUUCCAGUGUUCGCCUAGAAAGAGUUCACGCUGAAGAAACUACGCUGCAAUGGCAAAAUGGAGUAGUUUCUAACUAUGACUACUUAAUGCAUUUAAAUUGCCUCGCAGACAGAAGUAAAAAUGAUCUCACUCAAUACCCAGUAUUUCCAUGGGUAAUAUCAGACUAUACAUCUACAGAAUUGGACUUAGACAAUGUUGAUGUGUACAGAGAUCUGUCAAAGCCCAUGGGGGCGUUAAACCCAGAUAGGUUAGAGAAAUUAAAAGAAAGAUAUCAAGAGAUGUCCCAUCCCAAAUUUAUGUACGGGUCACAUUAUUCCGCACCAGGAUUGGUGCUAUUUUAUCUAGUCAGGAAAUAUCCCGAGUAUAUGCUUUGUCUUCAGAAUGGAAGAUUCGACCACCCUGAUAGAAUGUUCAAUUCAGUGAAAGACGUUUAUAAUAACUGUUUAAGAAACAUGUCAGAUUUCAAGGAGCUAGUUCCCGAAUUUUAUGACACAGACGCUAAAGGCGACUUUCUAGUGAACAAAUACCAAAUAAACUUCGGAGAUCGUCACGAUGGGACCAAAGUGAACAACGUCGCGCUCCCGCCCUGGGCAGACUCGCCGGCAAACUUCGUGGCGAAGCUUCGGGAGGCGCUGGAGUCCGAAUAUGUCUCUAGGCAUUUACAUUUGUGGAUCGAUCUCAUUUUUGGAUACAAACAGAGAGGGGAGGAGGCUAUUAAAGCUAAUAAUGUUUUUCAUCACGUAUGCUACGAAGGCUCCGUUGACUUAGAUGACAUCUACGACAUGAACGACAGGCAUGCGCUAGAAGUGCAAAUAAUGGAAUUUGGUCAAGUGCCGAAGCAACUUUUCACUAAACCACACGUUAGAAGGGUCACGCACGAAAUACCGAAGAGUAUAAAGGAAGAUUUGGAAGAAAACGAUAUUGUUUAUACAUUGGAAUGCAUUGACAGUAUUCAACUACAUAAAGAAGAAGUCACGUGUGCAUUAAAACAAGGACAAAGACUGAUUUCUGUGGGUAAAGAUGGGACCCUAAAAGUGUAUGAUACGUCAUUGAAGAAGCAAAUAAGAAGCGUCAUACUGAGCGCGACGCCGCUUAGCUCGUGCGUCAUGGUUGAUGAAAAUAUUGUCGCAGCUGGUUCGUGGGACAAUGAAAUAUAUCUGUACGACGUGGAUUACGGUAGAGUGGUGGAAAGCUUCCGAGCGCACGACGAUUGCGUCAGCUGCUUGUUGUGGCUAGAAAAAGAGCGACUCCUGAUAUCAGGCGGGCAUGACGGCGUAGUACGUGCUUGGGGCGAGCUCGGCCGCACGGGGCAGGCGCUGCGCGGGCUGCGCGCCGAGUUCGACCACGACGGGAAGGUGUGCGCCGUCACCUUCAGACGUCGCCGACACAGCGUGGACAUAAUCGCCGGCACGAGCGACGGCGAACUCUACGUAUGGGACCUAAUGGCGCGCGAAUUACUCGCCAAGAUGUCCAUCCACACCUCGCCUAUCGUUGGCGCCUGUUUUAUACCCGCUGGCGACCGUAUUGUCACAGUCGCGCGCGACACGGACAUGAGCGUGACAGAUCUGCUCGUCUGCGACUCGGUAUACCACGCGCAGCUGGGUGAAGGCGCGGCCGCGCUGUGCUGGCAGGGCCCGCGCGCGCUGUGGCUGGGCGGGCGGCGCGGCGCGCUGCUGCAGUGGGACAUGAUGCGCGCGCAGCCCCGCGCCGAGACCGACGCGCACCAAGAUGUGAUCAACUGCGUGUAUUACGACGCCGCUACGGAAACUAUAGUCACCGCCAGCAAAGACAAAACUGUGAAGAUUUGGAAAAUGAUCUCAAGCUCCUGACAAGAGAGGCUCAAUUUAGUGAAGAGUGCUAUUAAUUAUACUUUAUUAUUCUUUCUAUAAAUUAAAGUAGUGAUAAUGAUAACUUAAGUGGUGCAGUCAAUCCUGGUGACAUAAAAUACUCAGAAACACUAGAUCCGUUACUAGGAAUCGAUUUUCGUAAACUAAAUAGCUCUAACUCUUUAACAUGAACAUUUUUAACCUUCGUGAGGCAUACUGCACUUUAAUAACUUUACGAUUACUCCUGUAUUUUUAGACACAAAGCUCGCCAUGUUUCUGAAAGUCGGGGUUCCGAUUUUAAACCCUCGACGCAAAAAGAUGUGCAGUUGUUACCGGCACCAGUUUUAACGAAGGUAUAAUAAAAAUAAAUAAAAUAAAAAUAAAAGCCUUUUAUUUCUCGCAAAUAUAAAAAAGUACACUCACAUAGAAUCAAAUUAAUAGUUAAAGGUGCUUCGUAAAACGUUACAGUACAUUUCUAUUACUCCCUAUUCUGUCAUGCAAAUUUUUGAUAAAUUUCUUAGUAGGCAUUAAUUAAUUAUUAAGUUUAAUACAUUUAAUUAAAUUGAAUAUUUUUAUGCCUUUUAAUUAAUAAAAUAAUAGAGUCAACAAAAUACGAAGGUAUAGGCCGUUUAGUAUUAUGUGAGCAUACAAGGAUACCAGGAUUGACUGUGUUCCAAUCAGUUUUAAGAAGAUCAUGAACAGAACAAAAUUGUACUCAUGAAUAUAUCAAUAAGUUUGAAGUCGAACUAACAAAAUACAUUACCUAUAUACGAAUAAUAUGAAUGCGAAAAUAGGUAAUUGUCGGUCUGUUACCCUUUUACUCCUAAACUACGAAACCGAUUCUGACAAAAUCUGGCAAGUAAGCCCUGCCGGCUUAGCACAGGAGCGCCGCGACAGUAUUUCGCCCACGAGAAGAUAAGACUAGUCUAGUAAGACUACCCUUCUCCCUCUUGUCUUUUUCUAACAAGAUUAAUUCGAGUGGGACAGGUUGUUUUUCCUUGUCUUGGGGAAAGAGGAGAAACGACACAAACAUACCCACGCGGGCACGGUUAGUAGGUAAUAUUAUUAUAAAACCGGCCAAGUGCGAGUCGAACUCGCGUUCCAAGGGUUCCGUACACUACACAAUUUAAACAAUGUAUUUUUUAUAUGAAACGUUAGUGAAAUGUCUUUAAAAAAACCCGUAGGGGUCGGAUCAUAAACUUAGUUAUUAAGUUCGACAUACGCUUGACUGCACAUUUCUAAUAGGUUUUCCUGUGAUAUAUAGGUAACGAUCUAUUUUGUGUAUUUUUUCAAUAUUUAGACCCAAUAGUUUCGGAGAUAAAAUGGGAGAAUGGUAAUUGGCCCAUUUUCUUGAAUAACUUCUAAACUGUUUUUCGUAAAAUUACAAAAAUAUAUUUACUUGAGAUUCUCACAAUGAGCUCUUUCAUUUGAUAUGUAACACGAUAUAGUUUGAGAAACUUGGUUUUUAUAUUUUCUCAUUUAAUUUACCCCCAAAAGUGGCCCCCAUGUUUAAAAUUCAUUUGUUUACGUUACAUGUUCGUCUUUGGGUCACAAACUUACAUAUGUAUACCAAAUUUCAAUUUAAUUUGUCUAGUAGUUUCGGAGAAAAUAGGCUGUGACAGACGGAGAGACAGACAGACGCCGCGGUUUCGUUUUUUCAUUUUGAGGUACGGAACCCUAAAAACGUCAAAUCAGUCCUAGUAGGUAUAAUGACUAACAUUGAUAACGAUCGUUUAAUUUUAGCAAUCGAUUAGAAGUUUCAAAAUUGUAAGAUGUGAUAAAUUUCAAGGUUGUUUUAAAUUAUUUUAAAAUAUUGAUUUUGCACAGUGUGCUAGCUUGCUUAAAAAAAUUGUAUUAAAUCUUCUUGUGAUAUGCUUAAGGUACCUGUAUAAGAUCCAUUUAAAUGA